AUGGAGCUGCAGAAGGUGAACGGCCACAGCAGAGACGAUGGGUUUGACGGCCUUGAGGCCAUUAAUGCAGAACGGGAAGAGUUUCUACCUCAUAAAACUGAUAUCAAGACGGAGAUUCGCUUUACAGAUUUUGAAGGAAAAACCUCCUUUGGAAUGUCUGUCUUUAACCUCAGUAACGCCAUCAUGGGCAGUGGGAUCCUGGGGCUGGCUUUUGCGAUGUCCAACACCGGAAUUAUUCUUUUUAUAAUCUUGUUGAUCCUCAUUGCCAUUUUGUCUGCAUAUUCCAUCCACCUGCUGUUGAAAAGUGCAGGAGUUGUUGGGAUCCGCGCCUAUGAGCAGCUCGGGAACCGGGCUUUUGGAGCUCCGGGCAAAAUAGUGGCAGCAAGCAUAAUCACUGUGCACAACAUUGGCGCUAUGUCCAGUUACCUUUUCAUUGUGAAGUCCGAGCUCCCGUUGGUGAUACAAGCCUUCCUGGGUAAAACCGAGAACACGGGAGAGUGGUUCUUGAAUGGAAACUACUUGAUCAUCAUUGUUAGCAUUUGCAUCAUCCUUCCAUUAGCCCUCAUGAAACAGCUCGGAUAUCUGGGCUACACAAGUGGCUUCUCGCUCUCCUGUAUGGUGUUCUUCCUCAUUUCUGUUAUUUACAAGAAGUUUAACAUCCCGUGUCCUCUGGAAGACAGUCAUUCAAACCAGAGCAACACCCCCGCUCCUGUUCUAGAGGGUUUUUGUGAUGCCAAAAUGUUCACCAUCAACUCUCAGACGGCGUAUACCAUCCCAAUCCUGGCAUUUGCUUUUGUCUGCCACCCUGAGGUCCUCCCCAUCUACACUGAACUAAGAAAGCCCAACAAGAAACGCAUGCAGAUGAUCGCAAACAUCUCCAUUCUGGCCAUGUUCGGCAUGUAUCUUCUCACAGCGAUUUUCGGCUACCUCACAUUUUUUGGAGCCGUGGAGUCGGAGCUGCUCCACACCUACAACCAUGUGGAUCCUCUGGACGUGCUGGUCCUCUGUGUGCGUCUGGCUGUGCUCGUGGCCGUCACUCUGACCGUCCCCGUGGUGCUGUUUCCGAUCCGGAGGGCGAUUCAGCAGAUCCUGUUCCCUGAGAAACCCUUCCACUGGGCCAGACACAUUAUCAUCGCAUUCUGCCUCCUCUUUAUAGUCAACCUGCUCGUUAUCUUUGUGCCCUCGAUUCGGGACAUCUUUGGCAUCAUUGGCGCAACCUCUGCCCCGAGCCUCAUCUUCAUCCUUCCAGGAAUCUUUUACAUCCGUAUUGUUCCGGAAGAGCAGGAGCCCAUGGUGUCGAGACAAAAGAUCCAGGCGGCGUGCUUCGCUGGCCUCGGCUUCGUCUUCAUGGUUAUGAGCCUGUCCUUCAUCAUCAUCGACUGGGUGACUGGAGAAUCCCGGAGUGCAGGCGGACACUAG